AUGGCCGAAUCACUCUCCCCCUCUGCCUCAUUCUCCGCGCGCCCCUCGUCGCAGGACGGUGUCAUCGCCUCAGCUUCCAACUCGGGCUUGGCCGACCUCAAUUCGCCCAGCGACUCCGCCCCCAAUGACCAGACAAAAGAGCGUAUUGAGACUAUUCUGCAGUCAGAGAUCGGUGUCACCACACUCCUUGCUCGUUUAAAACAAAGCAUUGCUUCGGCGCGGGAUUUCUCUACUUUCCUCAAAAAACGAUCAGUAUUAGAAGAUGAGCACGCCCAAGGCCUGAAAAAACUCUCCCGUCAAACCCAAGAAGCAGCGCAUAAGCCCGACACGCGCCAGGGAACGUACCGCCUCGCUCAAGAUGAAAUCACCAGAAUCCACGACCAAAUGGCCGACCAUGGCCUGCAAUUCGCCGUCUCGCUAUACCAAAUGUCCGUCGACCUGUCUGAACUCUCUGAAAAUAUCGAAAAAAGCCGCAAACAGUGGAAGGCAAGCGGGCUUGCCGCGGAAAAGAAAGUAACCGAUGCGGAAACUCUUGUGGAGAAGGCCAAGGCAAAAUAUGACACUUUGGCUGAACAGUAUGAUCGGGUCAAGACUGGCGACAAACAGGGAGGAAAGUUUGGUUUGAAAGGGCACAAAUCGGCCAUACAGCAGGAAGAGGAGCUUAGUCGCAAAGUACAGAAUGCGGAUGCCGAUUAUCAGGCCAAGGUUCAGGCUGCGCAGUCAGCGCGCAAAGAAUUGUUGGCGUCGCAUCGUCCUCAAACUAUUCACCAGUUGCGACAGCUUAUUUUUGAGUGUGAUUCAGGGGUUACUCUUCAGCUUCAGAAAUACGCUGCAUUCAACGAGAGGCAUUUGCUCGGAAAAGGUCUUUGUGUUAGUCCGUUGAAAAAUGCGCCAUCUGAUGGACCGAAGAGCUUKCGCGAGGUUGUUCAUGAGAUCGACAGCACCAAAGACUUUAAUCAGCAUAUUUUGACUCAUGAAGGAAGUUCCGGGGCUGUCAAGGCCCCAGAAGUGCAAUAUCAUCGUCAUGCUACUCUUGGGGGGCCUUUACCUGGAACCUCAUCCGCUCCUGCAUCCCAGCCCAGCACAUUCAACACGCGGCAAAACGCUCAACCUUCGUUACCUGUGCCCCAGCAAUCCUCGGCACCGCCAGCUUCACAGCCAGCUGCACCACCUACACUAGACACUCCUGCGCAACUACCACCUUUGACCAUCAUGAACCCUGAUAGCCUCGAGUCGCCUUCUCAAUUUCAAAGCUACUCGGGCUCCGCACCUCCGAAUCAACCUCCCGCUCACCAAACUUUGCCACCGGCUUCUGCGCCUGCUCCUUACCCGUCUAGUCCGUCAAAGGCGUUCCACCAGACUUCGUCCAAUGCUCCGAUGAUGCAGCCACCAAACGGCUUCUUGAACAACCUUCCCCCUGUCAGGCCAGUUUUUGGUUUGACUCUGGAAGAUUUGUUCCACAGAGAUGGGACAGCAGUCCCGGUAAUUGUCUAUCAAUGCAUUCAGGCAGUUGAGAUGUUCGGUCUGGAUAUGGAGGGUAUUUACCGACAGUCGGGAAGCGCCAACCAUAUCAAUCAUAUGAAAGCAUUGUUUGACAACGACUCCUCCAAGGUCGAUUUUACCAAUCCGGAAAGCUUCUUCCACGAUGUAAAUAGUGUCGCAGGUCUGCUGAAGCAAUUUUUCCGAGAACUCCCGGAUCCUUUGUUCACGCGACAAUUCUAUAAUGAUUUUAUUAAUGCUGCUCGAAUCGAAAAUGAUACCCAACGACGCGAUUCUUUACAUGCCAUUAUCAACGGCCUGCCUGAUCCCAACUAUGCGACAUUACGCGCUUUGGUUCUGCAUUUGAACCGGGUCCAGGAACACGCAAGCAAUAACCGUAUGACGGCUGGCAACAUUGCCAUUUGCUUUGGACCGACCCUUAUGGGCGCUUCAGGGGCCAGUCUCAUUGACUCUGGCUGGCAAAACCGUGUCAUUGAGACUGUCUUACUGAACACUUUCCAGAUCUUUGACGAUGAUUGA